AUGGCUCUCCCAACCCUCAGGUCCCUCGCCGCUCGAAGACAGGCAAAGAAAGAGGAGAGCGAUGGUGGAGUCCCAAGCCAAGCCGACUCGGAGAAAUCACAGCGGAUUCUGUCUCCCCCGCGCAGCGUCGAUAUCAGGGCGGCCACCGCAACACGACGAAAUGCCAUCUUUAUAGCAUGCGCUUUCUUCUGGGUCUCAGUCAUCUUCCUAAUCCUCACCAUCAUCGGCAACAUCAAUAACGACCCUGUCAUUCGCCGGACCUACUUCUACAAACUCGACCUGACCAACAUCAUUCCUGCCUCUGCCGGCGACAUCACUCUUGCGAGUUCCCUUGCACGUUCCCUAGGUCUUCACGAUUUUUACCAGGUCGGCCUGUGGAACUUCUGCGAGGGCUACAACAGUGAAGGCAUUACACAUUGCUCGACUCCACGCUCGCUCUAUUGGUUCAACCCGGUCCAGGUCUUGCUCAACGAACUCUUGUCUGGCGCCACAAUCGCUCUCCCCGCCGAGAUCACCAGCAUCCUGAAUCUAAUCAGGAUUGCAAGCCAUGUUAUGUUCGGCUUCUUCUUGACCGGCAUCUGCAUGAACUUUGUUUCGAUUUUCAUUACGCCUAUUGUGCUCUAUUCCCGAUGGUGGAGUCUUCCGAUCGUAAUAUGGACAUUCAUCGCUGCUCUUCUAACCGUUGCGGCGACCAUCAUUGCGACAGUCAUGGCCCUCAUCUUCAAAAAUGUCGUCACAGGUCAGCCGGGCCUGAAUAUAGGGGCGUCAGUAGGGACGGUUAUGUUCGCCUUCAUGUGGCUUUCUGCGUCUUGUACUAUCCUUGGCUUCGCUAUCCAUCUCUGCCUCUCCUGCUGCGGGGCAAGCAGGAGAGAUAUUCGAACUGGCAGGAAGAAGGGGAACAAAGCCGCGUAUCCGCACGAGGUCACGGAGAAGAAGGAUCACCCUAUAGGGAAAAUGUUCAAAAUACCAAAGUUUGGGAGGAGGAAGAAUGCUGCUGAAGCUGUAUAA